CUAUAAUUCAUUUAGUUUAUGUUUGUUCCUUUUUUACUGGAAUUCACUUACUUUUUUGUUUAGUUUUCUUUUUUUUGAGACACUGGGCCUUCCACUUCUUCUUCUACUUCUUUGUCAUUGAGGUCUAUAACCUCCGCUUCUUUCCUCCUCUGCUCCUCUGCCUGUCGCAUCCGCUGCUGCUCCUCCUGACUCUUCCUCUCCACUUUCAAUCUCUUCCUCUCUGCUUCUGCUCUCUGUUUCUCCUCUUCUUCUGCCUCCUUCCAUGCUGCCUCCAUCUCCGCCUCCAUACAUUGGUCCUCCUCCUCCCACUGUCUGCACAUACAUGCCUGCGCUUCUUCCAACUUUGCCAAGUUGGAAGCCGAGGAGCCUGCAUUGUUGUUUGAGGUAUUUGGCAU